CACGUGAUCCACAUAAUAGAAGAGAAAUAACCGAUUCUCAUUUUUUUCAUGAUGUUAUGAAAUAAAAAUAAAAAUAAAAAUAAAUUGUGCCACCAAUUUGCCAUUUACCCCAGACCGUAAUAACAUAACAAGUCAGUACUUAAUAAGUUUAAAAAUUAGAAAGUUGAUAUAGUCCGGGAUGAGCUAUAAGGACUUUGUUAAUUUAAAGCCUCGAGAAUUGGCGGAAGAUAAUGACAGUGACAAUAAUAGUGAUGAUGAGACAAUAACACUUAUUAAUGAUCCAUCAAAUAUUAUGUAUAUACCUCAUGAAGGUAGAUUUUCUAAUGAAGCAACUACAUUAGUAGAUGGACAAAGUGGUAUAAGAGAAGGAUCAUCAUCAGUUGUUGAAAAUUUCCGAACAAAUCGAAAGAAUAGUAUGGGAUUAAAUACUUCACUUAAACAACUUCAUUAUAAUGAAAAUAAAAUUGCUUUAGAUCGAUCAAUAAAUCAAACAAUUGAAUUAAUAUAUGAAAUAAGUAAUGAAAAUAAAGUAAGACCAAUUUUUUAUCCUACUGAUAUUGAAGAUGAUAAUAAUAUACUUUUAAAUUCAAAAAAGGCUCAUUUAGCUUUAGUAAGAAAUAAUACAUCAGCAUUAAAAGCAAUUGAAAAAUCUACAAAUAAAUCUCAAAUUGAUCAAGAAUUAGAAUUAGAACUGGAACUGGAAUUACCUGAUUUUAAAAUUCUUAAAUUAAAUUUAAAAAUUGGUCAUGGUCAUAGUAAUGAAAAUGAUAAUAUUGUUUCGACAUUAGAUAAAAAAUCCAUUGCAACUCUUUUAGAAAAAAAAUUUGGACAAUUAGUUAAAUAUUUAUUAAAUUUAAAGGAUAGAGUCGAUGAUACAACUUCUAAAGUAUUUGUUACUGGAGAUUUAAAUGCUGGUAAAUCAACAUUUUGUAAUGCAUUAUUAAGAAGAAAAGUACUUCCUGAAGAUCAACAACCAUGUACUUCAGUAUUUUGUGAAGUAAUUGAUGCAUCAAAAGAAAAUAAUGGUAUUGAACAAGUGCAUGCAGUACCUAUUGGAAAAGAUUAUAAUAUUCGUGAUGAAUCAACUUAUGAAAUAUAUUCUUUAAAAAAACUUGAAGAUUUAGUUUAUGAAUGUGAUAGAUAUAGUUUAUUAAAAGUUUAUGUUUUAGAUCAUCGUUCAUUAGAAGAAAGUUUAUUACAUAAUGGAGUCAUUGAUAUUAAAUUAAUUGAUGCCCCAGGUUUAAAUAUGGAUAGUUAUCAAACUACUCAAGUAUUUUCAAGACAAGAAGAAAUUGAUUUGGUUGUAUUUGUGGUAAAUUCAGAAAAUCAUUUUACAUUAUCAGCUAAAGAAUUUAUUUCAACGGCUGCAGCAGAAAAGAGAUAUGUUUUCAUUGUAGUUAAUCGAUUUGAUAAUAUAAAGGAUAAAGAAAAGUGUAAGAAUCGAAUCUUAGAUCAAGUUAAAAAUUUAUCUCCUGAUACUUAUAAGAGUGCUAAAGAUUUUAUACAUUUUGUUAGUUCUAGUGAAAUUGUAGAUAAACUUCCUGAUGGAGAUGGAGAUGGAGAUGGAGAUGGAGAUGGAAAUGAUGAUAAUGGAGAUAAUGAUGAUAAUAAUUAUCCUGAUUUUGAUCAAUUAGAAGCCUCGUUAAGAAAGUUUAUAUUAGAAAAGAGAUCUAUUUCUAAACUUUUACCAGCCAAGAAUUAUAUUGCUAAUCUAUUAAAUGAUUUACAAACUUUAUCAGAUAUUAAUCAAAGUGUUUAUAAAAUAGAAAUGAAUGAAAAACUUCAAGAAUUAAAUAAUCGAGUGGCACCAAAAUAUAAUGAAAUGAUUUCAAAAAGUAGUAAAGUUAGUGAAAUUAUUAAUUCAAUUAUUGAAAGUACUGCAUCAGAAAUUUAUGAGAAUGUUAAAAGAAAUAUUAAUAAAGUUGUUAAUGAAUUAGGUGAUAAACCAAUUGUUAAAUAUCAAGGAUUACAAAAUAUUUAUGAAUAUGCUAGAUCAACUCAACAAUUAAUGAUUAAACAAAUAUUAAAAUCAGUUGAAGCCAAUGAAUUUAAUGUAGUUAAAAUAACUGAAGAAAAAGUUAGUGAAAUUACCAAAGUUGGACAAGAUACUUUAGGUUCAGAAUUUUUACAUGAUAAAGUUUUUAAAUCAGAAUUAAUGUUUACAAGAAAGAGAGAUUUAAUUGAAAAUCAAUUAAAUUUCCCAAUUGAUGUAUUUGAUUUUAUUGAUCCAUCAAUUGAUUCAUGUUUAUUAUGGUUAGGAUUACCAAAAGAGUAUAUAUCACAAACCAAAACUCAAAUUAAUUAUUUUAAUCCUGUAUCUGUUAUUACUAGUGUAUCAAAAAGUGUUACAAGUUUAAGACAAGAAAAUAUUCCAAGUCAAAUAUCUUUACAACUACUUUAUUCUUCAGGUAAAAUUUUAACUACUGGAGCACUUUUAAGAAAAUUAUAUGAUUUUGGAUAUUUAUUAAAUUUUAAAUUAUUAAAGAAAGUUGGUAUUCCAAUAAUUCUUGGAGUUUCUGGAUUUGCAGUAUAUUAUUUAAUUAGUGAUAUUCCAAAUGCUUAUCCAAGAAAACAAGCUAAAAAAUUAAAACGAGAAAUUGAACAACUUGAAUUUUCUCAUAAAAAUUCUACUAGAAUGGUAAAGGAAUGUAGACAAGUAUUAAAUUAUCCAGCUAGACAAGUAUCUAAUAAUUUUCAAACUUCUAUAGAUAAAAGAAUUCUGGAAAAACAAACUUUGGAAACUUCAAUUAGAGAUGCCGAAAUAAGUUUUAAAUAUUUCGAUGAAUUAAAGAAGAAGAUUGGUUAUCAAAGAGGAUUACUUGAAUCUAUUGAUUUAGAGAGUAUUAAUGUGGUUGAUUAAAUGUGUGUGUGUGUGUGUGUAAAUAAUAAUAAUAAUAUAUAUGUCUUGUUAAGCUGUAAAUAAUUAACUUUCAGAUAUGUUUUGUAUAUUUUCUAUUAAUCUAAACAAUA